GAAGAGGAACUCAGUUACGCGCCACGGGGUUGAGAAGCCGGACGUGUUCCGUGGGUGUGUUUCAUUCACGCUAAAUCUUCGAUUUAACCGGAAAGUUUCGAGAAACCGCGACAAUUUACAUCGAUCGUUAAUCAAUUAGUGUUUGUUUGAAAAAAAGCGCGCAGUGACGUUGAUUGACGUUGAUUGGUUGGGUAAAUAUCGGCGUCACUCUGAUUGGUUACUGAACGAGUUCGAAUCGGUUUUUCCUCGAAUAUACGAUCUACAGAAAUUAAAAUUAAUCGGAAUUAAGAUCAAUCAGAAUUAAAAUUAAUCGGAAUUAAAAUUUGAAAUUUGAAUUAAGUGAAUCGAUAUUCUUUCAUAAAAAUAGGAUAAAAAUAUCGUGUUUCGAAUUAGAAAAUAGUAUGGCCGUAACAUCUUAGAUAAAAUACUAUAAUGAUGAUCGGCAAGUGAUAUGCUAAGCCUCUAUAAAUAAGGACAGGCGUAAAAGCUGAGAAUAGAGUAUCGGCGUACAUGAUGAUAUUAAAAUACAAUUUAUGACGACUUUUACUGCUUUUAACUUUGUUCUCGACACCCUAAGUCGUAUUUCACUCUUUCAACUGCUUUGUCAGAUAUUACUCUAAUCAUAACAACAGAGACAAACGUCUGGUCAAAAAUCAAAGUGCAGAUACGAAAAUAUUGAUACAACCUAAAAAUCCAAUUACAAAGAUAUGCUGAAUGUUUCAGUAUUUUAAAAUGAAUAUCAAGGACGUUUGUCGAUCGAAGGUUCAAUAACUUUUAGCCAAGUCGCGGCAUGCUUGAUAAUUUUUCCGUCAGUCGUACCGAAACGAAAAAAGCGUUGAAAUUGCGUCACGAUGUCAACGCGAUUGAAACGGUCGGUGUUGAUUCUUCUUUCAUUAAGUUUAACUUCCCCGAAGAUAGCACCGUCACAUCGCCAUGAAAUUAAAAGUUUAAUCUGUUUUUGUUCUUGAAAAGGACCAGUAGUUUAAUUACACCACCGUGAGUCAGGCAAUAAAAGAUAUUCUGCAAUAUUACAUUGAGUCAGAUGUUAGGAAACGAAGAAGUGCUUCUAAAGAAGAACCCUUUGUAUGUUCGAAAACUUAUGCAUUUUAAUGUAUGUCGGAAAAAACUGUUGUGAACACUGAAGAUGAAAAGGCUGACACGCUCGCAAUCUCCUCAUUGCAAAUUAAGUUUGGUAAAUAAAUACAAAAAAUGGAUACUUUUAGGAAUAUUCUAAGAGAGAUUAAAUUUAUAAGGGAAAAUAAAAGAUAAAGUAGCAUUUAAUAGGAACGAUAUCUGCGCUCGAUUGUCUACCGAAGGAGAAAGUUAACAAGAAUCUAAUCGGUUCAAUUACUAUCCACCGCAUCCAUUCUUUCCGCGUGAUUUCAGUUGAAGUGAAAAGAAGAUUCGUCAACUUCUGCGGACGAGGAUGGGGAUAAUUGAAAAACCAGUAAAAGAACUUCUCCAAGUCCAAACUGUUCAAUAUUGAAGAUUGAAGAUUCGAUUUUUAGACUUAUAAUAAAAACUCAUGCUUGACCCGAAUACAGUUGCAGACAUAAUCAAAGGCACGCGUACCGGUGGAAGUUGAAUUACCUCCUGAUGAACAUGCGCCGGAAGGUCGUAUCUUGCAAUAAAUUUCGCAAGUACGCGAUCAAAACGUGGUUGGACUCGAAAUGUCCACUUAAUGAACUCGAUCGCUCGCAAUCUCGAGAUUUCCGGCAAUCCUGUUUCUCAAUGGACGAUUCAUUGUUCCUUGAUAAAACGUGAAUCUUCAGAGAUAUCUUAAAUUACCUAGAAACAUAGUUGAAAAGCUCGAUUACUUCUGGACGAGUGUAACGAGAAUUUAAGUCUUAUUAAAUAUACCGUGAGCUUUCUGUUAUACAUAAUCCAUUUGUGACCAUUUGGAAAGAAGAUCGAGGAAUGGAAGUAUUAACGUAAUGAUGAUUUUUGAUCUAUGACUUUCAGGCAGAUAUUUUUGGCUACUUGGAAAUAUAAUAAAAUAUAAUAAAAUAGCCAUAGAAGGCUUGGUACUUUGUAUAAUUUUUGAUUUAUUCUUUGCCCUCGAUAAGAAUCGUAAAUCGUACGCGUUUUAUUAGAGAUAUAUAUCAGAGAAUUGUGCAUUUCAAGUAAAUUAGUAGGUACUACCAAACGACACGAUAGAGACAAAGCUCGUUGCGUGAAAAGUGAUAUAAAUAUCGUUAAUCAUCGCGGCACGUCCAUACAAAUAAACGACCAUGCUUCCCUUUUCCGGUCUGCCCGUACGUGUCAAUGUCCUUCUCUUAAAAUAAGAUCGAUUGUCUACCAUCGAGCGUGACAUGGUCAUCGAACGAUUCUUAACGGUGACUCGAAAGAUUCCCGAAACAGAAAGGAAGCAGAAGAUGUCCGAUUUCGUUUUCAUUCCGCUGACAUGCUAUUUGCUAUUUACGUCCCCUUCACAUUAAGAAAGUAAGAUGUAUUCAAGGAACGUGCUCGCGUGACAUAUCGAGCAUCAUGGAUAUUCUGUAUAAAGAAAUUAAGGGGAUUCAUUAAAAACACUAAGAGAACCGCUAGUCACGCGAUUUCCAUUUACUACCACAUUCGUUACAUAAACCUACGAUGAAGAACAAACGAAUAUUAAUGAGUCAUCAACUUGAUAUACAUCAACAAACAUCAACUAUAUAAAAAUGCCAAAAAAUUAUCUCUACAAUCUCCAUUUUCCUCGAUAAUCUGCAUUUCUUUCGAUAAACUACGUUGAUAAAUGUAGCAGUAAGUUAAUCAUCAAGAUCAGAUCGACAGAGGGUAGAUGACGAUUGCGUUCAGAGUAUCAGCGUUCAUCGUGAUGGAAUUUCCAUCAAAUGCCAGCGAGUUGGCUAGUAAUUCGACUGUAAGAGCGGUGAAUGCGUCGACCCAUUCGGAACUCAAUCUACCGUAUACAGUUUGCGAGAUCCUGGUGGCAGUGUGCGCGGUGUUUGGUAACGGUUUGGUGAUCACAGUCUUCAGCAAAGAGAGGAAACUUCGUCGACGAACUAAUUAUUACAUCAUCUCUCUAGCCACGGCCGAUCUCUUGGUCGGCUUGUUCGCUAUACCUUUCGCCAUUUUGGCCAGCAUCGGUUUACCGACGAAUUUACACGCCUGCCUGUUCACCGUUUCAGUGCUUAUCGUCCUCUGCACGAUCAGUAUCUUCUGUCUGGUAGCGGUGUCCAUAGAUCGUUACUGGGCGAUACUUCAUCCCAUGGGAUACUCACGCACCGUACGCACUAAAACUGCCAUAGGUAUAAUCUGUGUGUGUUGGAUCGCUGGCACAUUGGUCGGCUUCCUGCCGCUUUUAGGUUGGAACGCGGGCAAGAAAUCCAAUGAGAAAUGCAUCUUCACCGAGGUGAUGGAUUACGAUUACUUAGUGUUCCUGUACUUCGCCACGAUCAUCUUUCCCGCGCUAUUAAUUGCAGCCUUCUACACCCAUAUAUACCGAGUGGUCGUAAAGCAGCUGCAACAAAUUGUAACAAUGAAUCCGGGUCGCCGUACCGGAAACCAGACAACUGGAACCAUGCUGCGAUUACUUGGGGCCGCCAGGAAGCGUGAAGUGAAGGCAACGCAAAAUCUAUCGCGAAUCGUGAUCUUUUUCAUUAUUUGUUGGUUCCCUCUUUACACCAUCAACUGUGUGAUGGCGUUCUGUCCAAGGUGUAGGGUGCACGAUGUCCUGAUGAAUUUUUGCAUAAUCCUGUCGCACUUGAACUCAGCUGGCAAUCCAUUGCUCUACGCUUACCAUCUGAAGGACUUCCGUGCGGCGCUUAAGAAUUUCAUGUGGAGACUUCUAUUUCCGCACAGUGACGUGAAAUCUAGCGUAGUUAGCGUGAUUCACGAUCGUGGCUCUUUGGUUGGUUCCCAGAGACAAUUCCUGAGGCAAACAGGUGGACCGCCGUCUACAAGAGUUAUCAGGUCGGAUUUACUGCGUCAGGUAACUGACGUUAGAUCUAGAGGAUCAUUCUCGAGCCCUCGAAACGUUACGAUUCGAGAAAACGAUGCAGCAAACACAUCAAGCUCUUCGAGUGAUAGACAGGAAAAUGACAACGCGAGUCAAAACAGCAACGAUCUGCAGCGAAAUGAAAGUGACAAUUUUGAAAAUGACAGAAUCACCCCGAGAUCGCCCCGUAUUACCUCACUGGAAUUACAGACUUACAAACCUUUAAUGCCGCUUCUUCCGGCGGAAGUGGAUCACGUCGAGGAGACGCCACCGGCGUCUAUCUUCGUCAUUGAAGUAGAUGUAAAUCACGUGGAAUCCGUUCACGAAAAACUGGACGAGGAACUGAUGGAAAAUAAAGACAAAGGCUGAUGAACUUCUUCGGCGUUCCUGAUCGUGAAUAAACUAAUCAAAAUUGAAUCUCGAUUCAAUUAGAAAUUGGUGGAUAUCAAUUUCACUAUUGAUAAUAAAUUAACGAUAAGAAGAUGUAUGGUAAUUAUCUUCUACCAUAAAUAAAUCAUUGAAAUUGCAAAAUAAGGUGUUAAUAAUAAGUUUACAAAACGUGAUGUAUUUUUGGUGUUUAGUGUGUUAUGAUUCGAUGUAUAAUAAUCUGAAUCCUGAUAUUAUUUAAUACUCAAUAUAAAAUACGAAGAAACUGUAUUGCAUUAAGUUUUGUUAAAGCACUGAAUAUUUGACUGAGCGUAUUUCCAGAUUACAUUUUCUGUUUUAAUGGUGAUCAAUGGUAA